UAAACCCCUUGUUGCCAUGAACGACAAGAGAACGCCAAAUCUUCCCCCUUAGGACCAGAGAGAGACCGCAGCAGUACGCUCGAAUGUUUUGCCACUUUGAACGCUCGUAAACACCGAUUGAUUCUCCCCCGCACUAGAUAAAGACAUUAGGGGAAGGUUGUAAAAAGUCAAGAGUUUCCUUUCUCGGAGAUACAUUGAGAGAGUUUUGUGUUGGGUGAACUUUUCACGAUUCACAGUUCACCUGUUCGAGGCCACAUUGUUUGAAGUGAUUGCCGAGACUAGAGGAGCUUCUGAUUGUAUUACUCUUAGCAAGCGUUAAAUUCUCUUUCAAAAUGUCGGAGACACAGCACCAGGAGCCGGAGCCUCGCCAAGACACCAAGGCCGAGGCGACAGACAGAGAGGAGGACAGGGAUGACAAAUCAGCCGGAAGAGAUGCAGCACGGGCACACAAGCCGGCGCACGGCGCAGGGCCUGACUGACCCCUGGCUUGACCUCCGCAUGGACAGAGACCUGCUGCCCCAGGUAGCCUCCAAGCCCGUCAGCAGACAAGUGGCCAUCCUCAAGAAAGAACAAGAGCUAAAGACCAAGUACAGUUCGAGCGCCAAGACCAAAGUGGACGAGGACUACAGACGCACACAGCAGGACUUCUAUCGGAUGGAGCUGGACAAGUUGGACGAGGUGCACCCCGUGAACCGGAAGCACAUGCGCAGCGCCUACUUCGCCUACCUGCAGAACACGCCCGGCUCCAAAAAGGCUAUCACAGAGUGUGUGCGCUCUCUCAAGUCAGGGAAGGCAUAGAGAUAGAGAAGAUUUUGCUCACAUUAUUAUUAUAUAUGUAUUCUUUGCGUAUUAUCAUCUUUUCCUGAUUUAGAAUAUUAUUAUUAUUAUUCAUUAUUCUGUUGUUGAUUUUUUUUUCUUCAUGAACAUUUUAGUUUCGUUUUGUUUUAUUUUACAUUACAUUUUUUAAAAACUAUUUGAACUUUCUAGAAUGAUUAUUUCCAAUUGCAUAAAAUCAACUAUUAUGCCUAUUUUAUGUUGCAGCUGGUUUUAAUCAACUUUAUCAUAUUGCUGUCUCAUUUCUUUCUUUUUGUUGUUGUUGUUGUUGUUGAAGUUAAAAUGUUUUGGAGGGUUUUUUUCGGGUUUGAAAAAACUUUAAAUUCCUCCUUUUUGCAUGACCAUUUUCACAAAAGUCUCAAAAGUCUCAUUCAUUUAUUCUCGUUGUUCGGUCAUUCGUUAUUCAAUUUUUUCCACAAAAACACAUUAUUAUGUAUAAUUAUUUCAUCAAAGACAAGCGUAUCUGUAGUAGAUCUAUAUAAUAAUUAUGAUAUCAAAAUCAAAAUGAUGUUCACAUUUUGUAUCCAUGUACUGAUUGAUGUGAUCUGUAUUUCCUUACCUUUCUAGAGACAAAGUUUUCUUCUGAAUCAGUCACGCGAAACAAUUCUGACUAUCUGAACACAAAAAAA